AGCUUAAUUUGAUGCACUUGCUCAAAAUAUAAUGACCACUAGAGCUUGCAUUGGGUCUAGAAGUCAGAUCUUCAUUAACAUGUUCAACAAAGCUAUAAAUACCCAUGCGAUCCUUUGCUCCUACCAGCGCGUAGUGCUUGUUAUUAGCGAUUGCUAGUUAGGCUCACAAUGGCUAGCAAAGAACUUGCACUAGCACUUAGCCUCUUUGUUCUCUUGAGCAUUGGAUCAGCCAGCGCCAUCAGGGUGGCUAGAUACUCCAGCUCUCAAGGGCAAGGAGCCGGAGAUGGUAAUGGUAGCGGGUAUCUGAACGGUGGUGGCUCUGGAUCCGGAGUUGGAUCUGGAUCCGGUGAGAGUGAUGGGGCUGGAGUCCAUGCAAGCGGUGGGGGCGGAGGCGGGGCCAGUUCUUGGUCGCAGCCGGCGGGUUCUGGGGCUGCGGCUGGGUUUGGCACAGGGUACGGGUCUAGUUAUAGCUCGCAGUCACGUUACGGCUAUGGCGGGUCGACUAGUGCUGGGGGCAGUGGUCGCGGCCGUGGUGCUGGACAAGGCUCGGCAGACGGUGGCGGCGGGUAUGGUGCCGGUGGUGGCGAUGGAUACGGUUCCAGCGUAGCGAAUUCCGGCAACGUGGUCUCGGCCACACCAGCGCGUGCAGAAGCUAGUGCUGACGGCAAUGGCAGUGGCAGGGGAGGUGGCUACAAUGGUGGGAGUGGCGGCGGCGAUGGCAGCGGAUCUGGAUUUGGUGCUGGACAGCCUUAGGCUUUACACAAUACAAUUCUCAAGAUGGAGGCCAGAACACGUUGUUUAGGGUUCGAUUUGAUGUGAUUUGUGUUACUUUUCUUUUAUGUACUUGUAUACCCAUGACUAAUAAAGGGCUCCAGCAUCCGUUGUUAAGACCUGAGAAGAUUGGGUGAU